CAAAUACGUAAUUAUAUGGUUAUGAUGUAAGCUGAUAAAUAUUUGCGGAGUAUCAGUCAUGUCUACCACUGGAGUCUCACAUAGUGGCCGUAGGAAUGUGAAAAGAAAAACACUAGAUAACACUGAACCUGCAUCAGAUCCGUCAUUUAAAAACAUCAGACGUUGUCCUCACAGUGGCUGCCCCACUAAAGUUCCUAUUUGUUUUGUUGGUGCCACAGAGAGAUGUGCUGGGAGUGGCUACACAUCACGCUGGUAUCACACAAGUGCAGCUGAACACUACUGCAAUGAAUGUUUUGAGCAUUACUAUAGAUGCCACAAGGACGGUUACGAGGUGUACCUGGCAUGGAAGAAGCUAUGGAGCACUCACGGGACAACAGAUGCCAGCAUCAGGAUGUUCAUGACCAACAGCAUCCUGCCUUUCUGGGUCCAGUGUACAGAUUGUCACAAAUGGAGGCAGUGGUCCAAAAGCUCUACACCUAUCCCCGAAUUCUUCAAAAAUUAUGUCUGUGGGACUAUGGCCUCAGGAAAAAAAUCAAAAUUGGAAAAUCCAUGUGAAGUUCCUGAGGAUCAGAGAGUUGGGUUGACCCGAGAUCCGUCGUGGACUCAUCUAUUGAGUAGUCUGUCCUAUAUGAAGAAUUCACCUGCCUGGCCCUACCUUACAUCUUACUUUCCUGACAAAUUAGGCAUGUGUCCAUCCGACCAUGAAGUCUUCAAAGAAAGAAAAACACCAGUGAUGAACAAGUAUCUCCAGCCAUUUGUAGAAGUGGACAGUCCUGAGAUAGCCAGUGGUGUGGUGCCUGAUGUCAUGGAAGAACUGGAGAUGGACGAAUUUCCCGAGUAUUCAGCCAUACCUUCUAUGUAUCUAGCUAUUAGGAAUAUAUGUCUAACUCUUUGGAACUUAAAUUUUAAGGAAUGGUUAACAAAAGAGAGGUGUGCUACCCAGAUCAUUUGCCGGGGUUUAGGGAGGGUGAUGUAUGUAGAAAGCUUGGACAAAAUUCUGUGGUUCCUCACGAAGCGAGGCCUGAUCAAUGUGGGGCUACUCAGUAUACCCAAGUCUCCCAAGGCUACAUAUAUAUCAAACAAAUUUAUAAAACCUAAUUUAUCUGUGAUAGUGAUUGGGGCAGGAACAGCUGGUUUAGCGGCAACAAAAAGACUACAGGAACUCGGAGUAAAGGUGACUGUGCUGGAAGCAAGGUCAGAGAUCGGUGGGCGUGUCUGUGAUGACCAGUCAUUAGGUGUAUGUGUUGGGAAGGGAGCUCAAAUACUGAAUGGAGCUGUCAAUAACCCACUAACCAUUAUCUGUGAACAGGCUUGUAUACCCCUGGUGAGGCUGUCGGACAGGUGUGAGUUAAUCAGUGAGAAGGGAGAACUAGUGGAUCAGAAGACAGACAGCAGGAUGGACUUCCAUUUUAAUGCCAUUCUGGAUAUCAUAGCAGAAUGGAGGAAGGGCAGGGAACUAGCACAUGAUACCAGUUUAUUGGCCAAGUUAAAAGAAAUGCACCAGCAGUUUUUAGAUGAAUCUCAGCUCUCAUUCACCUCGGAUGAGGAAUCCCUGAUGAACUUCCACAUCAGUAACCUGGAGUAUGCUUGUGGGGCCAAUCUGAAGACUGUGUCCGCCAUCCACUGGGAUCAAAACGAGGACUACCCCCAGUUUUGUGGGGACAAUCUCAUGUUGCCCGAGGGCUACUCCCGAGUUUUAUCUAAGCUGGCAGAAGGGCUGCACGUAGAGUUGAAUACACAGGUUAAAAAAGUAGAAUACGGCGAGGAAAAAAUAACUGUCAUCUCAGAAAAGGGAGAGGAAUGGAAAGCUGACAAGGUGUUGGUGACACUUCCCCUGGCUGUAUUACAAGACGAUGAUGUAGAGUUUGUCCCCACCCUACCAGAGUGGAAGUCAAAGGCCAUGAGGUCAUUAGGAGUGGGGAAGAUAGAAAAGGUCAUAUUAAGAUUCCCUAGACCUUUUUGGAGGAAUAAGAUUAAAGAAUGUAGAGUGUUUGGUCAUAUUCCUAAUGAUCUAGAGAAUAGGGGCUACUUCAAUGUGUUCUAUGACUUCUCUGUGGAGAAGGUGGAGAAGAUGUACCUAUUGGUGACCCAUCUAACAGGAAAUGCCCUUAUACUACGAGACAGGCUAGACAGGGAUAUAGUGGCUGCCUGCAUGGAGGUCCUCAGACUCAUGUUCCCAGAGGAGACAGUCCCAAAGCCACUGGAUUAUUUUGUUACAAAAUGGACUAAAGAGCCGUUCUCCAAGAUGUCCUAUAGUUACAUACCUAUAGGAGUGGAUGGGGACGCCUACGAUAUCAUGUCACAAGACGUGGCAUCCAAAGUCUACUUUGCUGGAGAGGCUACAAACCGCCAGUUUCCCCAGUCUGUUACUGGAGCCUACAUUAGUGGUGUAAGGGAGGCACACAAAAUCUUCUCCACACUCGUAGAAGAUGACACAUGAAACUGAUGACUUGGACUAGAUCAUGUUGUUAUAACAUAACUUAAUUUCCUGAUGUCAGUGAAAUUGACAGUCUUCAUAGACAAUACACUGUCAGCAAGGGUUCGUUACAUGUACUACCUCAACCUGCCAAUCAGAGUUAGAAAAGAAGGAUGAUGAUUGACGGACUCGAUAGCAAAAGUUCAAUACAAAACUAAACUUGAUAAAGGACUUCGAAAUGAGAUAAGAAAAUUACGGUGACUGUUUUCAGUUUAUUUCAUUUUCUUGUCACUCUCAGAGGGAAAAAAACAACAAACAAGUAACAUGCUAUUGUGAAAAUUUUUAAUUCUAAGGUUUGUUUUCUGUGAAAUAUUUUUGUAUUUGAUCAGCAUACAUUUUGAGAAAAAUCUUCACUUUAUGUCAGUGUACAGUAUGUGUGAAAUUUUUAUGCACCAUUGAUCAUAGAUCCAAAAUGUUUUGCUUAAUAGCAAUUUUUUUUAAAAUUUGAACUUUUUGUUCAUUCAUGAAGAUUUACUUAUGAUUUAUAUAUAUACCACCUCAGUCUGAAGUGUCAUCUCUCAUUUUGUAUUAUUUAUAUACAUGUACAUUAAUGUAUCUCUCAGCUACUGUGGAAUCAUUUUAAUUCGUGGGGGUCAAUGUUCGUGGGCAAGGAAAAUUUUACUUGUUCGUGAGGACGUAAUUUCGUGGAUUACUCGUUUAUAAGGUAGAUUCAAUGAAUCAAUGUGUUUACAAAAUAAACGUUCGUGGGGAUGUAUAUUCGUGGCUAAGGAUGACCCACGAAAUCUACGAACAUUGGUCCCCCAUGAACAAUGAUGAUUCCACAGUAUCCAUAACUUGCUUUAUAUUAUAGUGUAUUAAAAUGUACUAAUGUAGUUUUUAAGUUUUCAUAUCAUUUUCUGUCCUAGCAAUUGUUAUUUUUGAAAUGUUGAAUUCAAUGCCAAAAUAAAAAAAAGUAUGAAACAAAGGUGUGUUUGUAAAUCAAAACUUAAGGAUGAUAUGCACUCAGGGUUUUAGUUAACACAAACGAAUUGCUAUAAAGUACAAU